AUGGAUGAGCCACUAGGUGAUUUAGCAAAUGCGUCUGAUUUCCCCGAUUACGUGGCUGCUUUUGGCAAUUGCACUGAUGAAAAAAUCUUGCUGAAGAUGCGUUACCUCCCUGUCAUUUACAGCAUCAUCUUCCUGGUGGGCUUUCCGGGGAACGCAGUAGCAAUUUCCACCUAUAUUUUCAAAAUGAGGCCCUGGAAGAGCAGCACCAUCAUCCUGUUGAACUUGGCCUGCACAGACCUGCUGUAUUUAGCCAGCCUCCCCUUCCUGAUUCACUACUAUGCCAGUGGCGAAAACUGGAUCUUCGGGGAUUUCAUGUGCAAGCUUGUCCGCUUUGGCUUCCAUUUCAACUUGUACAGCAGCAUCCUCUUCCUCACCUGCUUCAGCAUCUUCAGAUACUUCGUGAUUAUCCACCCGAUAAGCUGCUUUUCCAUCCACAGAACGAAGUGGGCAGUGCUAGCCUGUGCCAUGGUGUGGGUCAUUUCGCUGGUGGCGGUCAUUCCUGUGACAUUUCUGAUCACCUCCAACACAAGCACUAAUCAGUCCGCCUGUCUGGACCUCACCAGUUCUGAUGACCUCUCAGCCAUCAAGUGGUACAAUCUAAUUUUGACUGCAACCACUUUCUGCCUCCCUCUGGUGAUAGUGACGCUAUGCUAUACAACCAUUAUCUGCACCCUAACCCAAGGACCUAAGACUCGCAGCUGCCUUAAGCAGAAAGCUCGAAGGCUAACCAUUCUGCUACUCAUUGUGUUUUAUAUAUGUUUUUUACCCUUCCACAUCUUGAGGGUCAUUCGGAUUGAAUCUCGCCUGCUUUCCAUCAGCUGCUCCGUCGAGAAUCAGAUCCAUGAAGCCUACAUCGUUUCUAGACCAUUAGCUGCCCUGAACAUAUUCGGAAACCUGUUACUGUAUGUAGUGGUUGGAGACAACUUUCAACAGGCCAUCUGCUCGGUAGUGAGAUGCAGAGAAAAUGGGGACCUUGAGCCAGCAAAGAAAAACAGUUACUCAAGCAACCCUUGAAAUAGUUCAUUUAUACAAUCACAGGUAACCUUGUAAUUUCUAAGAGGUCCAGAAUAUCUCCUCCAACGAAACUCCCAGUAAAUGUUGUGUUGUCAGGUCAUUAUGUGCCAAAGUCAGAGCUACCAGGAGUUCUUUUCAGUCCAUUUAUUGAAAUCUUCC